CAAAAAAUCUAAAAAACCUUGGAUUGUUUGUAUUUUAUUCUUUAUAAAUUUACAUGAAAAAAAUCCUCCAUUCUCCUUCUUUCAUUGUGUUUUUGUGUGAAUCAAAGGGCUGAUGUAACGGAGUAAUAAUUAUGGCAUGUCAAGUUGAACAAAUUGCCGAUUGCGGUGAUGUAGCUACUUUAGCGAGAGCCCUAUUUAUUUCGGACAAAGAAGAUAAUAGCUGGCUAUCUCAAUGUUCCGUAUCAUUAUCGUCCUGUGGGUACUUGCUAGCGGUGGCGUAUAGGAAUCGUCUUUGUCUGCUCACGUCGCAGUGGAUCAGCGCGACAGACAGCAACACGUACUUGAUAUCGUGGAGUGGCACCGUCCCGGCCAAUGUCACUGCUGUAGCUGCAUUCCCUAUUUGCCCAUCACAACAAUCAUCACAGAAUGGAGCAGACUGGUUCUGCAUAAUAGUUGGCUACCAGAAUGGCUCAGUUGGGUUCUACACCCACACCGGGCACCUGCUCCUCAGUGAAAAGCUAGAUGAGAAGCCGGUGAUGACCAUCUCCUGCCACACCGGUACCUAUGGGACUCUGCCUGAUGACAUCUACAUCCUGUUCCCAAACUGUGAAUGCAUUAUUACAGGGAACAGUCUAUUCCAGACACUCAGAUUUGCUAAAGCUCAAUUAGCUAGAGUGCAAGCUGGCCUACAGACAGAUUACGCUGUGGAUGGGCGAAACAUACAAAUAAGAAAAUGGUCAUUCUCAGAUCAAGAUGUGAUAAACGAUGCUGGGGUGGUGGGACUUGAGCUAAAGAAUACCUAUGACCAUCUCCUGGCUGCCUCUACUUAUGGUGGAUAUGAUACAUGGUACCGCUCGAUCCCGCCGGCCAACACCCUGAUCCUGGGCGCGGGCGGGCGGCCCUACGUGGGCUUCCACUACGCGCUGGAGGGGGGCUCCGCGCCGCCGCUGCAGGACGUGGCCCGCGCAGUGGCUAAUAGGAUUAAGUCUGCGCUGCCAGGCUGGCUAGGCGGCGGUCCGGAGCGCGAGCCGACUAACGCCGAGCCGCGGGUACGCUCCGAGCCUCUCUCAAUGCGCAGCGGACUGAGCGACGCUCAGCGAGUCGGCGUCCACAUCGCCGUCUCUCCCGACCGUAGGCUAGCCGCCAUCGCGGAUAAUACCGGCCGGGUGGCGCUACUUGACGUGAAUAGGGGACAUCUGGUCCGGAUGUUCAAAGGGUAUAGGGACGCGCAGUGUGGCUUUGUGCAGGUAUUCGAAGAAAGCGCCAAGAAACCGCAGCUGUCGACUAUCAAGGAGACCCGGCGCGCCGUGUUCCUCAUCAUCUACAACCCGAAGAAGGGGCUCAUCGACAUCCGCCUCAUGCAGACCGGCGCGCGCGUCGCCGUCUUCACCGCCACCAAGAACGGGAAACUGCUCUAUAACACUAGCGGCCUAGUCGGCGCCGAGCCCUCCUACACACACAAGCGACUGAACUUGCCCCAACACCAGUGCGUCCUCAUAGAUCCAGACGGGAAGCUAAAGACGUUCAAUAUACCCUUCUUCUUCGCGCUCGAGGGCGAACACUCCGCCCGCUCCAAGGACCUCCACCUCCUCAGGGACCUCAGAGAGUGCCUCAAGAAAUCCCCCAAUCCCGACAGCGAAAGAGAAGAAAUAAUAAACAAGGCACGCGAAUUGAAAAUGCUAGAUUUGAAGAAACACUUCCUGGAAAUGCUCAUUCGCAACUACAAAGUAUCGCCGGAGAUCGUGAUGGCAUGCGUCGAUAUAUUCUGGGACAGUCUAGCCGACGCCAAGUUAGACGAGCAAUCGGAAAACAUCAAAACUUACUUUAGAAACCUUGUGUUAAUUACCUUGUUUUACCGCCGAAUAAACAACGAAAACACGGACGAUAUGCAGGAACUUGUCAAGAAAGUUUUGGACGAGGAAACAUCAGAGGAACCUGAAAGCUCAAUGGAGGAGUCGGAGGACGCAGUGGAGACAUCGGAGGACGCGAGCGAGAGCGAGGCGGAGGAGGCGGAGGAGGCGGGCGGGCUGCAGCUGCUGGAGGACGACGGCUGCGUGCUGGAGCGGCUGCUGCUGCUGGCGCAGGAGCGCGACUACCGCGCACGGCAGCCGGCGCGCGUCUCCUUCGCCGACGCCGCCACCGCGCACUACAAGGACUUCGUCACGAGCUUCGCGCUCGACCACCGCGCCGCCGCGCUCGCGCUCCGGCCCGACGCCUCCCCGGACAAACUGAACAACCUCGCCGCCUACGUCUACAAGUCCAUAUUCCAACUGGAAGAUCUCUCUAAACUGACCGAGUUCGUGAAGGAGAGCCGCAUGGACCCGCAGGAGCUGGUGCGGCUGCUGAUCGUGCACGUGACCAGCAUGUCGCUGGAGGAGCUGUCGGUGGGUCUGGCGGAGCGGCUGGCGGGCGCGGUGCGGGGGGCGGCGCGCGCGGGGGCGGGGGGCGGGCGUGUGCGCUACAGCGAGCAGGCGGCGUGGGGCGGCGCGGCGCGGGCGGCGCUGGCGGCGGCGCGCUGCCCGCUGCGCGCGCUGGCCGCGGCGCUGGCCUGCAAGGCGGCCGCGCGCGCGCUCGAGCCCGCCGCCGCCGCCGACUGGGAGUCGCUCACCACGGAGGCCGCGCAGUGGGGCCUGCUCAUCGGCAAACUAGAGGACAUAUCGAUACUCAGCAUCGUGCUGAUGCUCAAAAGAACGUUCAACGGCAAAACCUUACCGAAGCUGGAUGGCGUGGACUUCGACGUGAACUUGAAGUACGUGUACUCACGCGGGCAGGGCUCCGUCACCGAGCUGAUCUCCAAGUGGCUGUGCUCGCUGGGCGUCCCGCCGGCGGCCGUCGUGGCCAACGCGCUGAUGGACCGCGCCGUGGACCCGGAGACCACCCAGGAUGAUGCUGACGACCGCAGCGCCAUGUUCCUGGAGGACCAUCGACAGCUUGUCGACGAUAACCCUACGAUAUUCAAAUGGGUUUCUCUUCUGAGACAGCAGUUUCCGUUCAGCACGUCGCCCGACUACAUCGUGGCCAACAUGAGCUGGGAGUACGCCCUCGCGUGGCAGCGCAGCACGCAGGACGCCGGCAAGCUGGCCGCCGUCGUCGACUGCCUCACACACAUCUCCGACCAACAUCUACAACUAGGACUCUGCUCCAUCAUAUGGACCACUUACGUCAAGGAUGUGUUCGAAAGUAGUUGCCGGCUAGUAAAUAAAGUGGGGAAGCUGCCUAAAGAGCGACUGUGCGUGCAGGACGUGGCUCUAUCAGACGACAACAUGGUGAAGUUCCUCGAAGUGGCGACCACAUACCUGGAGCAUUUUCUAAAAUGGUCGUCCGUGACACUGGACAAGGAGAAACGCCGGGUGCAGUAUGAAAAGAUCUGGGAGGACAACAACCCGUCGCUAGUCGAAGUGGCCCAGAACACGCACCGCGCCGACGCUGACAUCGUGAGCCUCAACUACCAGGUGGCCUGCACUAUCUACUACAUGUGCCACUUCAAGCUGAAGGUCACGAAGCCUCUGAACAACUUGUACGACAUCGACUAUGACUACAUAUUCGAGGCCAUAGCGGGGAAGGGCGAGCGUCGGGAGUUGAACAUGAAGCCGUCGGACAAGUUGAAGUCUCCCCGCAUGAAGUACCUGAACAAGUUGAUCCGCGCGGCGCUAGAACUGGUCUCCUGCCAGGACGCGGGGCCGAGCCCGCGCUACGACACCAUGGAGAGCCUGCAGUGGAUGGACAAGGUGCACGAUCUGGCGCAUCUCUGGCACAUUGACGAUGACUUCGUUAAACGGCAGCAGCUAGUGGGCACCUACCACCUGGGCUACGACCAGCUGGCGGAAGAGCUGGUGGGCCAGGUCAAAGCGCUCGAUCUAGCGCUGCAGCCGCUGCUGGCGAUCACGGCGCAGCGCUUGAAGCGCCAUCUGGAGCUGGCGGCCGACCCCGCCGAGUGGCUCGCUGCCAUGCCGCCGCAUCUCGUCGUGCACCUCAAUAACUAUGAGCUGGACCCGUCAGUGCCGGCGCACGCCUCCCCGGCCUCCACCAUCAGCGUGCUCCAGAGAGUUCUAGAGAAGCUGGACAACUGUCCGCUCAACACGCAGAACAUCAAACUAGCCGCCCUAAUGGUGCGGGGCUGUGAAACCAUCAUAGAAAUGAAGCUUUAAUUUAAUGUUGUAUAGUCUACUUGUUAUGUUUAAGAUGCUUUUAUUUGUAUGAAAUAUUGUUUUUAUAAUACCUACUUCUUAAUAUAAUUUUGUUGAAAUAUAGUAAUAAAUGAUUAAGUUUU